CGCGGUUUCCGGUUUGAUGGCAAGUUACGCUUUAGGGUUUCUGCAGCUGAUUAUAUCGCUAGAUUUGCAUAUAUAUCACACACGUGAGCGAUGGGGGCAGUUUAUGGAAGGUCCUCAAGAAAAUACAAAUUGGAUCGCUUGUUCGUGAAGAGAUUUUGGCGAUGUUGGAAAGUCAUGAACCCAAGCUGUUCUUCCACACCAUUUCUUCUUUUUGUGGUCUUGGUGGGGUUUGCUUUGGCAGCUCAAAUGAUGGUAUACAACACUGGGUUAAUUCCAAGCAGAUUUUAUGAAGUUCUUUUGGCCAGAGAUAAAGAGGACUUUUCAAGUCUUUUGAUAUCAUCUCUUCUAAUCAUCAUUGGUGUUUCACUGGCAAACAGUGCAUUGAAAUUGGUCUCUAGAAUCCUUUAUGUCAAAUGGAGAGAGGUGCUUUGUAGCAAACUUCAUGCAAGCUAUUUUAAGCAUAGGGCGUAUUACAAACUAAACGUCUUAGAUGACAAAUAUGAUAACAUAGAUCAGAGGAUUACACAGGAUGUGGAGAGAUUUUGUGAGGCAUUUAGAAAAGUGAUCGUUGUUGUGGUGGUUUCUCCUUUCACCAUUACAUACUACACUUACCUGUGCUAUCAGAGUUCAGGAUAUCUUGGUCUAGUGUGCAUAUAUGGCUUCUUCAUUGGCGGAACAAUCAUAAACAAAUUAAUAAUGUCACCAAUUGUUAACCUGGUUGUAAAGCAAGAAAAGCUUGAAGGAGACUUCAGGUUCAAGCACAUGCAAAUCAGAUCAAAUGCAGAAUCAAUAGCAUUUUAUAGAUCUGCUGGCUUAGAAAUGAGAAAAACAAACUCAAAGCUACAGUCGCUUAUAAAAGUUCAGACCAGAAUUGUGACCUAUGAGAGCUUCUUGUUCUUCUCCACAAGUUUGUUUGAUUAUGUGGGUGGAAUUCUCAGCUACCUGAUUAUAGCAAUUGCUUUGUUUGGAGGAAAGUUUGAUAACUUAUCUAUAACUGCUCUUGGAGGAGAGAUAAGUAGGAACUCAUUUUAUGCAAUGUACCUGAUAAAUUGCUGCACAAAGCUGAUUGACUUGUCUGUAGAUGUUACCAACAUGGCUGGAUAUAUUCACAGAGUUGAGAAUUUGGCUUCGCAAGACAGUGAUGUUAUAUUCAAGUUCAGCUGUGUUUCUUAUGCUCCACCAAAUUGCACGGACGCUCUUGUCAAAGAUCUUGAUUUGGAGAUUCGCCAUGGCCAGAAUAUUCUCUUAACAGGAAGUACUGGAAGUGGAAAGAGCUCUUUGUUUAGGAUCCUAAGCGGAAUGUGGGUUCCUCUUUCAGGAGAGGUUAUACGAUUUCUACCUUUUGAUCCCAAAAUUGCCUUCUUUUUACCACAAAAGACUUUCGUGACGGAUGGUACACUACGGGAACAGAUAACUUACCCUUGUGAAAAUGUUUUUCUUUAUGGAGGCCACUCUGUAGCAGGUGACGAAGACGAGAAACUUCUUCGAUUGCUCGAUACUGUGGGACUUGCAAAUUUAUGCGGCCGAGUAGGUGGCCUUGAUAAUCCUGUGGAAUGCAAGUGGGAGGACAUGCUGACUCCAGGAGAGAUGCAACGAUUAUCUUUCGCUCGUUUGUUCUAUCAACGACCACAAGUUGCGCUCCUUGAUGAAGCAACAAGUGCCCUAGACACUUCCACGGAGAGCAAGCUGUAUUCGAUUUGCAAGGACUUUGGAAUCACUGUGUCAAGCAUUGGUCACAGGAGAUCCCUCAGGCAGUUUCACGACUUUGAGUUGAACCUUGACGGAGAAGGAGGAUGGGAACUCAAGAAAAUUGAAGAUGACUGAAAUUUUCCGAGAAGGUCGAGGAGAAAAUUGAAUGUUUACAGUAGUAUGGAUUUUGGUCAAUUCUGCUGUACCUCGCUUUGUGAUUGGAUGACAAAAGUAGUGCAGCUCACGCCUUUCCCGCACUUUGCUGCUGAUCACGUUUACUAGCUUUGAAAUCUCAUUGGCUCACUGCUGUUUUUACGAUUUAUCAGAUAAACCACUAUAUUUGUUUUGUAGUCGCUCACAAAAGAAAGCAAUUUUAUAUUGUGUAGUGUGGGAAAGGGCAAUUUUUUGUUAACUUUGGCUAAGAUUGUAACCAAAGUUUUCUAGACUUUAUUUAGAAUCAUAUCUUUUAUGCUAUGAAUUCACAGAUAAAGCUUUUAUGAAUUAUGAAUGCGAAAUUUAGCAAGCCUGCGUCAGAAAAUGUGUUCGUCAGAGACAAUUUAAUAAGUUACCAUAAUACAGAGAAAUUUAUUCACAAUCUUACCUUUGAAUCAAAUCAAAGACAAUUGUUAAUAUAUUUCGGAUAUAAUUAUGUCAUAUAUAUUAUUUUUGUAUUAUAACCACUAAAAGAAAGAGCUGAAAGAAUCAAUGCACUUAUUUUACCGUCGUUUUUCUUCCUGAACAAGAACAAGCAAGGAGACUGCGAUGUCACCGCGCGCUUGAGUUCCAAACGAUCGCUAGUAAGUUGUUUGUCUCCCUUGUGUUGGCUUUGUUUAAAUUCUUUACAAGGGGUUCGAGUCGCGAUCUUGGUGAGAUUUAUGAUCAGUUGGCUCGCUGGGUUUAGUGCGAAUGUAGAAAUCUUCUUGGUUCUCUCGUGAUGGUUAUUAGCUGAUAGACUCUAGUGUGUGUGUGUGUAUCGUUUUUUCAAGUUGGGAAAGCCCGUAGCUUGUCACCGACGUUUCCAGGGAACAAACUAGUACCGAGUUGAUUUUUGAGAAACCGAGCGGGUGACUGGCACUAGUCUCAGUGAUUGGGUCAUGAUAGCUGGAAUAUCUGACUAAAUUAGUAGAUUUUGAAAUGAGAUAGGCUUAUAGGAAGGCGUUCGGCCCCUCCAUCAAAAAAUUAAUUUAGAAUAUUUAAUGUUAUAACAUCAGAAGCUUAUGACCUAUAAGCUUCUGUUGAUUUAUACCGAUGAUAAUUAAACAAAUUAUUUUCCUAAUAUAUUUCUCGCAAUAUACCAUUUAACUCUAAAUUAAAUGUACUGCAUUUGUGUCAAUUUAUUUAAAAUUCUGAUUUAAAUUAGAUGAAAUGUAGCGACAAAGAAGUGCAUCAUAGUGUAUAGUAACACUUAUGCUCAUUUGAUCGGCGUGUAAUUCAGCAAGUUGCUUGUAAGCCUUAGUUAGUCCGGAUUAAAAAUUUAAAUAAAUUUUAAUAAUUUGAGGAACAAUCUUUGUUUGUGACAAAAUUUACUGAGUCAAACAUUUGAAAGUAAUGUUUGCAUAUGGUUUAGGACAACUUUCGAUAGUAAUCCACUAGCUGAAAUUUCCUUUCGAAAGCAUGCAUGAUGAUUGUUUUCCUCAUGUUCGGUAUUCGAAAGUACCAUCGCGUGAUUCUUGAUGAGAUUUUGAUAUGGGUCUGUCCUUCAGUUUAAAAUAUUUGAUUGUCCUUUCGAUAUUCAAAUUCCCCUGGUUUGAUUUGAGUCAUCGCUUAUGCCUUUAUUAUCAUAAUAAUGAUGCCUUUAUUAUUAAAAUAAUGAUUAUUAGAAUAAUAAUUAGAAUAAUAAAGUAGAUCUGCAUUAUGUAAUAAAUCAAAUCUAUAGAGACCAGAGAGUGAAAGUUGACUUCCGCUUAAAUAAGGCAAUUAGCUGAUGUCUAUUGUUACUGUGAAGGCCACGGAAAACGGCACCAUUUUCAAGUUCGCGUCCCACAUUCCGCGUUACUUUCCCAUGUUAAUAGCUCUGAUUUCAAAAGUUAUCGAUUUUGCGUCGAUAGUAAUCCACUAACUGAAGUUUCCUUGCGAAAGCAUGCAUGAUGAUUGUUUUCCUCAAGUUCGGUAUUUGAAAGUACCAUCGCGUGAUUCUUGAUGAGAUUUUGAUACGGGUCUGUCCUUCAAUUUAAUAAAAUAUUCGAUUGUCCUUUCGAUAUUCAAAUCCCCCUGGUUUGAGCUGAGUCGUUGCUGAUACCUUUAUUAUCUGCGUAAUGUAAGAAAUCAAAUCUAUGGAGACCAGAAAGUGAAAACUGAUUUCCGGGUGAAAUUAUGCCUAUUUUUACUGUGAAGGCGACGGAA